AUGUCUGAAAGGAAACGACAGAAAAGAAAUAAUGAUAAUGAAAAAAAGUCGAUCACCAUUACAAAAUUUGAACAAUUCCCAAAUGAAUUGCUCUUAAUAUGUUUUGAUUAUUUCGAUUAUUAUGGAUUAUGUCAAUCAUUUUUUGGUUUAAAUCAACGUUUCGAUCAAUUAAUAACCUAUGAGUCAAAAAUUCAUAUGGAUUUAGAAUCAAUUCCCGAACAAUAUUUUUUAACAUAUUGUAUUCAAUUCCAUCAUUUAGUAAUGAAAUCUGGAAAAUUCCCAUUAUCAUUUCAAACUAAUGAUCAAUACAGACUUGAUUUAAUGUUUGCUGACUAUUUCUUUAAAGAUAAAUUUUCCAAAUUGAAAUCAUUAACCUUACAAAAUAUAAAAGUUGACAGUGUAUACGAAUUUAUAUUUGAUAAAGAUACAAAAUUAUAUGAAAAUUUACAACGAAUCAAUUUAAUGAAUAUUGAAUGUGAGAAAAGCAAUUCAGCAAAUCUAUUAACGUAUAAUUUAAUAUCACCAAAAAUGAAAUCAUUAACAUAUUUAAACAUGAAUUUUCAACCAUGUUCACCAUGUAAAUGUGGUUAUAACAAUGGUAUGAUGUAGAAAGACCGAAAAAGAAAAGAAUCUCGAAAACGCUUAUUAAGAAAAAUAAAGUUGAAAAGAUAAAUUUCGAAAGUACAAAAUCUCGAAAAAAUGAAAUUCCGAAAAGCUGAUAUUACGAAACAUAAAAUCUUGAAUUUUUCGACAUAGAACAUUUUAAUGUGAUCAUCAAGCAUAUGUUUUUAUACUUAAAAUUUUAUUUGAUAAUUCAGGACAACUAAAUAACAGAAUAGAAAAUUAAUAAAAAUGUUGAACGAGAGAAGAUCAUUUGCUUGUCCUAAUUACAAAAGAAAAUCCUGUUAAAAGUUCAGGAAGAUUUAUUUGAUUUUGAUGAAACCGUGCUACCGAAUUGAAUUAAUCCGUUCUCGAAGUUCAGUUGUCUUUUUGUCGUUGAUUUUCUUCCCACUCAUAAUCAUUUUAAGCAUUUAUUGACCAACAACAGCUUCGUCUUUUUGAAUGCCAUCAAAUAAACUUCAAAUGUUUGGAUAAUAUUUAGCUACGAGACGGUUAAAAUGAUGAUUCCAGCCUAUGUAAGAAAAUAAAGCUGAUGAAUUAAAAGAAAAAACUAACCUUCUACUUAAUUUUUAAUUUUCACAUCUGAGACAUUCCAUAAUAUCCACUUCAUCUUCGUCAUCCAACAUCCAUUAAAAUAUUCAAUUAAUAGUUUUAUCUAAUGUGAAGCUUCACUUGAAAUCAAUUUGAAAGCAGGUUCAAUUGUUUCAUAUGGAACAGGUGCUAAUGCUAUAAGCUUUCGUACAGCGGAACAUGCAGUUUCAUCAUUACGAUAAACUGUAGUUAGUUGAAGGUGUUGCAUUUGCAGAUAAAUUGCGUGCACGAAAUGAAAAUUGCAUCCGCUAUGAUGCGAGUUAGGCAUCUAAGGAUUAUAAUAAACAAAGGAUAAAGAUACCCAAGUAAGCAAAAAACUAUUGAAGACCCCCACCAUGACUAGUCCAAAACGUCCGCAACACCCGUCAAGUCUAGUCUGAAACGUCUUGUGCACCCGUCUUGACUCAUUAUUUUUUCGAGAAACGUCCAGCAAUGACGCCUGGACUAGUCUAGAACGUCCAGAAAACCCAGCAUGUCUAGUCCAUUUCGUCUUUUAACCCAGUCUGGACUAGGCUGAAGAAUAGAAAAUUAUUUAAAAAAAUGCCGAGAGGUGGAUUCGAACAUCACAGCCGACAAUCUUCAAUAUCUGACGGGCAUCUUGAUGGAAAUCGAUGGUGAAGAGACAGAUUAGCGUCAGUUCAUACCGUCUGAAUCAUAGAGUGACUUCCGUCUAUCUGCCACAAAAUCAGAAAUCAGUCAAAGCCAAGCGACUUGGACUAGUCUAAAACGUCAUUAACCCAAGUAAGGACUAGUCUAAAGCAUCCCAUGUACGCGUCAAGACUAGUCCGUUUGUUGUGAGAAUGUAUCGACAAUCCAGAUCCAAACUAGUACAAACACUCUAAACAGUCAGUUUUAUUUAGACUGAAUUGUCCUUCUAAUUCGUCUCAACUUAUUAGUAAUGGGAAGUCCACGAAAUAGAAUAUAACGCAAAGAUUUUUUCAAUAUCUGUAUCAUAGUUCAUAAUAACUGAUGUUAAUAUUUUCUUUUCUGAUUACAGUAGCAAUCAGACUAGUCCUUCGGAAUGAAAAUUGAAGUCAGG